AUGCACGGGAUUGAUACUCAACACAAAAAGGGUGCUGCACAAUCUUCGGGUUCUGUUGACAAAGCACUGCUUGAUUGUAAAUUCAUUAAAUGGGAUUAUUUUGGUCAGGUAAAUUUUCAAUUCAAAGAAUUCUUUGAAUUUCAAGAAUGGAUGAACGUUUGUGAGUGCACUAAUGCUUAUUACCCUAGAUUGGUUCAAGAAUUCUAUAGAACUUUAAGAAUAGUUGAUGAAGAAGACAAAUUUGAAGUUGCCUUGAAUGAUAGUGCGUAUGUUAUUUCUGUUGAGUUGAUUGUUAAGGCUUUAAAAUUGCCUAAUGAUGGAAAUAAAAUCUCUACUCAUAGAGAUGUUGCUAGAGUUCCAGGCUUUAACUUGGCUGAGUUUGAAAAUGAAGUCUUUCCUGCCAACACUGCCACCAGUGAAAAGUCCACUAGCACAAAAGCUUUUCAACAUAUUAAAAUCAUUCACAGUAUGGUGAACUAUAUUUUUUGUCCUAAGUCUGGCAGCUGUGGCUAUUUGAGUUACCUGGAUAUGUGCAUCAUGUGGCAUAUUGUUAACAGAGUAAGAAUGAAUUUGGCUUAUCUGAUUUUCAAGAAUAUGUGUAAAGCUUAUGGGAUUGGAAAAUUGCCUUAUGCACAUCUCUUGACUACUUUGUUUAAAGAGUUGGAUAUAAAUGUUUCUAAAGAAAGUUCUAGGAUAGAUUUGAUUGUGCUUAGAGAAAUUCACUCCGAUACUGAUGGAAGAAAGAAACGGUUUGAAAAAGGUGGUUCUUCCUCAGCUAAAGUUGAUUCAGAUUCUCCAAUGAGUCAUUUGCUUACUCAAAAUGAGGAAUUAAAGAAACUGAUUGUAGAUCUUCAACAGGCAAGGGAAACUGGUUUCCCAACCAAAGUUGAGACUGAUAUACCUGCAAAUGAUGCCUCUUCUCCUGCUACUCAUGUCUCGGCUCAUGGUAAUGUUGAAUGUGAAGGUACUAGGCUUGGUGAGCCUAUAGCUGCUGUGGAACAUGAAAGUGAACAAGUUGUUUCUGAAGCCCCUGUUGAGCAUGUUAGUGAACAGGUUGUUGAACCUGAAGUUGAACCUGCAGCUGAUGCCCCUGUUGAGCAUGGUAGUGAACAGGUUGAAGAACCUGAAACUGACUCUACACAGCAAAAGAAAGCCUUUCAAAAGGAUCAACAAGAGAGUGCUCCAUCUCAACUCUCUGCAGCUGCUGCACCUCCAGUCCAGAAAGGUAGAAAAAGUUCUAAGUCUACGGUGUCUAAUCCAUACCAGUCUUUGGCUGCUGCCCUUCAAACCCCAUCUGACGAGGAUGAGCCACAGGAGCAUGAGCAUUUGGCUGCCCAAGUUUCUCAGCCACUUACUGCUAAACCUUCUAGGAAGAAGAUGGUGCCUUUCAAAGCUACUCGAAGGAGCAAAAGACUUAAUGAUUAG